AUGUUUAUUCAUGUGUUCCGUAGGUCACCAUCAUUGUCGUGCUUAAUCUUUAAAUACGAAAUAUCUCAACUGUAUUUGCAAUGUUUGCACUACCGAAGUACAUUUUUAGGGUCUCAAGAUUGGAAUGUUUUAUCACCUGUUUUUAGUAGCUUCGGUACAUUUCAAAACGGACUGAGGGGACCUAUCACGAAACAGUUAAUAUCCUUACAAAUGCCUUACUCUAAGGUACUAAUUACAGAAAAGCAUCAAAAUACGGUUAAUGGACACUGA